AUGUCUUCACCAAAAUCGCACAAAUCCAGAUCCUCCCGAGGUCGCCAAUCACCCACUGGAUUAGACCACACUGUUGCAGAGCAGCCAGCAAUUGAAGUUGAUGAUGAUUCCGACUCUUCCUACAGUAAAUCGACGGGAAUUACCGACACAGAGUCACUUCGGUCAUCUAUUCUAAGUUACAAGUGGGAGAAUGGACGGCGCUACCAUGCUUAUCAGGAUGGAUCUUACUGGGCUCCCAAUGACGACCGUCAACAGGAAGCAGAAGACUUGAUGCACGAAGUGUACAAGAUCAUUCUGGAUGGUGAGCUGCAAGAGGCUCCGAUCCCCGAAAAGCCACAGAGAGUUCUGGAUUUGGGAUGUGGAACUGGAAUUUGGGCAAUCGAGUUUGCCGAUGCCAACCCAUCUGCAGAUGUGAUUGGCGUUGACCUAUCCCCCAUUCAACCUAAAUUUGUGCCCCCCAACUGUCGAUUCGAAGUUGACGAUAUCACGCAAGACUGGACAUAUCCUGAUAAUCACUUUGACUUCAUUCAUGUCCGCGCCAUGAUAGGCUGUAUUCCUGACUGGACUGAGCUCUACAAGAAGGCCUACACGCACAUGCAACCUGGCGGUUGGCUAGAAAGCGUUGAGCUUUGGGGAAACGCAAAAUCCGACGACAAUACCCUAAAAGCCGACUCCCCCUGUCACAAGUGGGUUGAAGUAUUCAAGGAGAUCGAGAAAAUCACGGGCAAGUCCUUCUUUUGGGAUGACAAGAUGGGUCAGUCAAUUAGCGAUGCCGGGUUCAUAAACGUGAAAGGCAGGAGAAUCAAGGUGCCAGUCGGAACAUGGCCCAAGGACAAGACACUCAAGCAAUGGGGUGCCUGGAAUCGCCACUUCUUGCUCCAGGGUCUUGAGGGUUUCUCUAUUCGUGGCUUGACUGAAAUGCUGGGUUGGAAGUUUGAGGAUGUGCAGUUGUUCUUGGCGGAGAUGCGCAAAGAGUUGACUAAUCCAGAUCUACAUUCAUAUCUCGAGGUCACCGUAUUUUAUGGCCAGAAACCCGAGGCUUGA